CCAAGUCAGCCUGUUGUGCUCCGAUCGUUCGUGGGGAAUUGAUUCUGGGAUUGGAUUCAUUGGGCCACCCCAUCAUCCAUUUCUUCUUGAUCAUCCUCAUCCUCAUCGAAUUCUCCAUCCAUCCAUCCUUGCUUGGAUUGUGGCUCCCCUUUGAUCCAUUUCAGCCUCUCCUGGAGGACCAAGAAGAAGAAGAAAAGGAGGAGGACGAAGAGGAGGAGGAGGAGGAACAAGCCAGUCCCCAAGGCAGGAUUUCUAGGAUAUUCCAGGAUUCGGUCUCAUUGAUUGACUCCAUCAUCGGUCCACCCAUAUUCUCACCAAUCGAAGAAGAGGAUGGCGUUAAAACGGAUCAACAAGGAGUUGCAGGAUUUGGGGCGUGACCCGCCCGCCCAGUGCUCGGCCGGUCCGGUGGGCGACGAUUUGUUCCACUGGCAAGCCACCAUCAUGGGCCCGCCCGAGAGUCCAUUCCAAGGGGGCGUGUUCUUCCUCACCAUCCAUUUUCCCACCGACUAUCCAUUCAAACCGCCCAAGGUGGCCUUCACGACGCGUAUCUACCAUCCGAACAUCAACUCGAACGGGAGUAUUUGCCUGGACAUUUUGCGCUCUCAGUGGUCGCCGGCGCUGACCAUCUCCAAAGUUCUCCUCUCGAUUUGCUCCCUCCUGUGUGAUCCCAAUCCAGACGACCCGCUAGUCCCGGAAAUUGCCAGAAUCUUCAAGACAGACAAGGACAAGUACGCCGAUUUGGCUCGAGAGUGGACUAGAAAAUACGCGAUGUGAUUUGGUUUCAUCAUCAUAAUCAAUAUAAACAACCACAACAACCACAACACCAACGUUAACAUGGUCUUAAACAAGUAGUACGACUGCUACCACUAACGCAACCACCAACACCAACCACGCCAACAUCCUCAACAACCAUCGUCUCCUCAUGAUCAUCAACCACUUCAUUUUCGGCGAUAUCAUCAUUUUUGGUCAAUGAUAUCCACAUCAAUCGACCAAAGAUAGCAAACGUAGCAACAACACUCUCGACUCAACGCUUUGACAUCAAUAAAAGGAUUCUUCACUUCAUAUGGUUCCUUUCUUGACCCAAAAAGCCACCACAAGCCUCCUCCUCCUCCUCCUUCCCUCGCUCACAUACAUAUUUGAUCAGACCCACCCCGCCCCACCCCGCCCAUUGUUUGUUCAGACUUCAGUUCAGACAAAGAUUAUAAAUUGGACCCCUUCAAAGCGUGCGACUCCUAAAAUCCUUCUGUUGUGGAUGCAGAUUCGACUUAAACAAAAAAAAAUACGCAAGACAACCUUACGGUCAUAAGAAAGAGAAGAUGAAUGGCUGCAAGAAACCCGAAGCCACUUGUUUGUUUCCCUCGCAUCACUUUCUUAUUGGUUGGAACAUGGAUCAGUAAAAAUAAAAUAAACAAAAACAAAUGUUUCCAAA